AUGGUGCGGACUAAAGCAGACAGUGUCCCAGGCACCUACCGAAAAGUUGUGGCUUCUCGAGCCCCCAGAAAAGUGCUUGGUUCCUCCACUUCUGCGACUAACUCCACUUCGCUUUCGUCCAGGAAAGCUGAAAAUAAGUAUGCAGGAGGGAAUCCAGUUUGUGUACGCCCAACUCCAAAAUGGCAAAAAGGAAUUGGAGAAUUCUUCAGUCUGUCCUCUAAAGGUUCAGAAAAAGAGAAUCGGAUUCCAGAAGAAGCAGGAAGUAGUGGCUUAGGAAAAGCAAAGAGAAAAACACGUCCUUUGCAACCUGAUCACACAGAUGAUGAAAAAGAAUAG